CUCUAGAGUUCCGGUUAUUCUUGCCGUUGGGGCUUUUCUGAUCGUUUUGAUUAGUAGCCGAAGCUGCUAUGGCGUCUUCCCACAGCGGCAUGUUCUCAGGCCAACCUCCGGGUCCGCCGCCUCCAAUUCAACCCGGUGUGGCGGCAGGUCUCCUGUCAACUCCCCCCGGAGCCAAGAACCCUGGUAACACUCUGGUGGACGAUCUGGAAUCCUCGUUCGAGGCAUGUUUUGCUUCGCUUGUUAGCCAAGAUUAUGUGAACGGUACAGAUCAGGAGGAGAUUCGAACUGGGGUUGAGCAGUGCAUCCAGAAGUUUCUAGAUGUCGCCAGACAGACGGAAUGCUUCUUCCUCCAGAAAAGACUACAACUUUCUGUCCAGAAGCCCGAGCAAGUUAUUAAAGAGGAUGUUUCUGAGCUGAGAAACGAGUUGCAGAGAAAAGAAGCCCUAAUCCAGAAGCAUCUGACAAAACUUCGGAGCUGGCAGCAGAUUCUAGAAGAAAUAAACGUUCAGCAUAAAAAGUCUAGUGAAAUGGCUCAAGGGCCGCUUGCCUACCUGGAACAGGCUUCUGCCAAUAUCCCUGCUCCCAUGAAGCAGAAGUGACUGCGCGCUCUGCACUGGGCGAACUUGUUUAUACCUUUUUCACAGAGAACAGAAGGAUGCUGUUGGCACAUAAUUUAUCAGGUUAACUGUUUUUGUUUAUCAACACACACAAUAAUUAAAGUGUUUUUUCCAUCUGGAA